AUGGCUUUAUAUUAUAAUUUGGUAUUUGGUUUAUUGGUAUUUGAAAUGGUCUUUUUUGGGGUUCUUUCAUUGCCAUAUCCUAGAAAAAUUAGGAGAUCAGUUUUAAGUACUGUAUCAGCCCCUUUCAGAAAUGAACAAUUUCAAAUUGCUAUCAAAUGUAUUCUCGGGUUUGUGUUGGUGUUGUUUAUCGAUUCUGUCAAUAGGGUUUAUGCUGUCACAUCAGAAUUACAUUCAUCCACUGCCAGUCCUGGCUCAACUGCUGUUGUUGAUCGUUCAGAAAUUCAAGCAAGAAGAUUCUAUGCUCAAAGAAAUAUGUACCUUUGUGGGUUUACUUUGUUUUUGACUUUGAUCUUGACAAGAACUUACUCCUUAGUUGCAGAAUUAAUUGCUACAAAAGAUAAAGUGGAUGAUUUAAAGUCUACGGAAACAGUUGCUGAGGAUUCCGCAACAGUUGCCAAAUUAAAGAAAGAAUUAGCUCAAAAAGAUGAAGAUUUGGAGAUUUUGAAAAAUCAAGCAAAAAGCUUAUCUAGUGAAUAUGAAGAUGUUUCAGAGUUGAAAGAAAGAAAAUAA